GUCUUGGGGCCCUGGGUCCCAGUGGAGCUCUGCACUGGAGGAGCUCAGCCCAUGUGGGGAGCCCAGAGAGUCCAGAGGGCCCUGAGGUCACAGAGCCCAGUCGACUGGUAAGGGAGAGCUCCGGGGGAGAGGUCCGAAAGCCACAGUUGGACACCAGGGUCCGCCAGGAUCCGCCUAGGGGGACGCCUGUGCACCUGGCCCAGGUGAGUUUCGUCAUCCCGGCCUUCAACUCAAACUUCACUCUGGACCUGGAGCUAAACCAUCACCUCCUGUCCUCGCAGUAUGUGGAGCGACACUUCAGCCGGGAGGGGGCAAGGCAACACAGCACUGGGGCUGGAGAUCACUGCUACUACCACGGGAAACUCCGGGGCAACCCACACUCCUUUGCUGCGCUCUCUACCUGCCAGGGGCUUCAUGGGGUCUUCUCUGAUGGUAACCUGACUUACAUUGUAGAGCCUAAGGAGAUGGCUGGGCCUUGGGGACCCCCACAGGGACCCCUUCCCCACCUCAUUUACCGGACCCCUCUCCUCCCGGCCCCCCUUGGAUGCAGGGAACCAGGCUGCCUGUUUGCUGUCCCUGCCCAGUCUGCUUCUCCCAACUGGCCCAAGCUAAGAAGGAAAAGGUCCGCAGGGGCCACCCCACAGUGCACAGCGAGACCAAGUAUGUAGAGUUGAUUGUGAUCAACGACCACCAGCUGUUUGAGCAGAUGCGGCAGUCAGUGGUCCUCACCAGCAACUUUGCAAAAUCUGUUGUGAACCUGGCAGAUGUGAUAUACAAGGAGCAGCUCAACACAAGAAUUGUGCUGGUUGCCAUGGAAACGUGGGCAGAUGGGGACAAGAUCCAGGUGCAGGAUGACCUACUGGAGACCCUGGCCCGGCUUAUGGUCUACCGGCGGGAGGGUCUGCCUGAGCCCAGUGAUGCCACCCACCUCUUCUCGGGUAGAACCUUCCAGAGCACCAGCAGCGGGGCGGCCUACGUAGGAGGCAUCUGUUCACUGUCCAGGGGUGGAGGUGUGAACGAGUAUGGCAACAUGGGCGCCAUGGCGGUGACCCUGGCCCAGACGCUAGGGCAGAACUUGGGGAUGAUGUGGAAUAAACACCGGAGCUCGGCAGGGGACUGUAAGUGUCCGGACAUCUGGCUGGGCUGCAUCAUGGAGGACACUGGGUUCUAUUUGCCCCGCAAGUUCUCGCGCUGCAGCAUCGACGAAUACAACCAGUUUCUGCAGGAGGGAGGCGGGAGCUGCCUGUUCAACAAGCCCCUCAAGCUCCUGGACCCUCCCGAGUGCGGGAAUGGCUUCGUGGAGGCGGGCGAAGAGUGCGACUGCGGGUCGGUGCAGGAGUGCAGCCGAGCGGGGGGCAACUGCUGCAAGAAAUGCACCCUGACGCACGAUGCCAUGUGCAGCGAUGGGCUCUGUUGUCGCCGCUGCAAGUAUGAGCCACGAGGUGUCUCCUGCCGAGAAGCGGUGAACGAGUGUGACAUUGCAGAGACCUGCACCGGCGACUCAAGCCAGUGUCCUCCUAACCUUCACAAGCUGGAUGGUUACUACUGUGAUCAUGAGCAGGGUCGUUGCUACGGAGGCCGCUGUAAAACCCGGGACCGGCAGUGCCAAACCCUGUGGGGCCAUGUGGCUGCGGAUCGUUUCUGCUAUGAGAAGCUGAAUGUAGAAGGGACAGAGCGAGGAAACUGUGGGCGCAAGGGGUCUGGUUGGGUCCAAUGCACUAAGCAGGAUGUGCUUUGUGGCUUCCUUCUGUGCGUCAACAUCUCUGGAGCUCCUCGGCUAGGGGACCUGGGGGGUGACAUCAGCAGUGUCACCUUCUACCACCAGGGCAAGGAGUUGGACUGCAGGGGAGGCCACGUGCAGCUAGCUGAUGGCUCAGACCUAAGCUAUGUGGAGGACGGCACGGCUUGUGGACCCAACAUGCUGUGCCUAGAUCACCGCUGCCUGCCAGCCUCGGCCUUCAACUUCAGCACCUGCCCUGGAAGCGGAGAGCGACGGAUCUGCUCCCAUCAUGGGGUUUGCAGCAAUGAAGGAAAGUGUAUCUGUCAGCCGGACUGGACAGGCAAAGACUGCAGUAUUCACAACCCACUGCCUACAUCCCCUCCCACUGGGGAGACUGAGAGAUACAAAGGUCCCAGCGGUACCAACAUCAUCAUUGGCUCCAUCGCCGGGGCUGUCCUGGUCGCAGCCAUCGUCCUGGGCGGCACGGGCUGGGGAUUUAAAAACAUCCGUCGUGGAAGGUAUGACCCGACCCAGCAGGGGGCAGUGUGAUGCCGGCCACGUCAUCCCUCCCGCUGUCCUUGUCUCCAUUUCAUCUGUCCCUUUGCAUUCUGUUGACCGGGAGCUGGGACCGAUCCGAUUCCCGCAGCCCUGCAGGCAGCCUGGGCAGCAAGUCCUCAGGCCCUUCCUCCUGCUCACCCGCCUGUUGGGCCCUGGUCCACCUUCAUCUGUCCUUUUGCUGCCGGGUCCUAUGGCCGGGUGGGCGCUGGAACUGUGCCCUGCAACCCCUACCCCUAGGAGGGGACCUCCCCCUGCGUCCUGCCCAUCUGUUUUGUCUACCAUGCCACCGCUGUCUGACCUCUGCCAGAACCCCCACCUGGCCAGCCUGUGACUUGAUGCCUCCAGGACCUCUGGGGAGGAGAAGGGCAUCUGGAGGGUUCACCCUCAGAGCCCAAUCUCACGUCCUCUCCUGAUGCCCUCUCUCCAUUCCAGGUCCGGAGGGGCCUAAGUGCCACCCUGCUCCCUCCGAGCCUGGCACCCACCGUCUCGGCCCUGAACCACGAGGCUGCCUCCACCCAGCUACAGAGGGAGGCACCAUGCAAAUGUCUUCCAGGUCCACCCUUCAACUCCUGGCUGCACAGGGGUUGGGGGUUGGGACUAUGGCCUUGCCUUUCAGACCACCUGGGUAGAGGGGCCUGGAGGAGGGCACUUACUGCCCAGUUCCCCAUCUCACCUCAUGCGGCUUUGGCCUUGCACACGUGUCCCCCUGUGAAUGUAGCCUCCAUCACCACAGCUCAUGUUGGGGCCUGGACUGGUGCCUGCUGGGAGCAGCUGGGUGGCCCCUCUUCAAAACCAGGCAGCUGGAACCAGGGUGGUCGCUCCCCUGGACCUCACGGGAAGGGGCUGAAUUACAGUUUAUCUUUUUUUUUUUUUUAACUUAAUCUUAACUGAUGAAUGUAACCUUUGGGUUGCUGGGGCCAGGGGGCAGUUGUAAGGAUGUUUUGACACUUACAAGAGGGCCUCCAGGGCCUGAGGCCUUGAGACCUCCCACAUCCCUCUCUGGGAGGCCCAAACUGGAAUCCUGUCAGGGAACCCAGCGGGGGCAGGGCAGCCCUGCUCGCCUGCCCCACCUCGCCCAGCUUAGUAGAAGUCUGAGUGCUGAUUCAAACCAAAGCUGCCUGUCCCGUGCCCACUGCCUAGCUCAUGGGACUCUCUGUCCCAGACUGUCUUCGAUUCCAAACUGACCAUCCUGUCCCUGCCAGGGUGCAUGCAUUUGGGGGUAUAGAAAAAUAUAGUCCCUAAAAUAAACGGCACCUUUCCCCUUUCAA